AUGUUGGGAAUCGUCACUGACCUCGAAAGCAUACGCGCGAUUCCUGCUGCCGUGCCUGAGGCUCAAUUUGGUAUUGGCCCACCACAUUAUUCGAUUAGCUGGGAUGCUCCACUGCCUGUGACGACCGAUGACCCAGAAGACCCAGAAGACCCAGAAGAGCCCGAGUACCCUGCGCCGACACCCAGCGACGAAAUCUCUUUGGGUCAGCCAUCAGCUACCGUUAGCUGGGACGGCCCUUCCGUACCUACAGAAGCGCCAGAGCCUGAAGAUCCGGAGGAUCCAGAGGACCCUCAGCCGUCUCCAACCAACAUCAUUAGUCUCCACCCACCGAGCUACUCGAUUUCAUGGGAUGGACCGAAGCCGCCAAAAACUACGAAGAAGCCAUGGCCUCCAAGGCCGACAGCUAAAACGUCGACUAAGGGUUUCGUAAGUGCCUCUGUAAGCUGGAAUAAAAGGCAGGAUUCUCCAUCUUACUCAAUCACCUGGGAUCUUCGGCCCCCGAAGACGACCAGUACGCCGUCGUGGUGGCCAUGGUGGCCGCCAGCUUACACAUCCACACACGGUUAUGUGAGCGCUUCCGUUAGCUGGGGCAAGCGACAGGAAGACGAAGACCCAGAGCCCACCGAUUUCCCUGAUUUCCCAGAAGAUCCAGAAGAAACGGAAAACCCUAUUAGUUUUCCAGCUCCCCCCGUAUUCACCCCACCCAACUCAAUCGGCAUUCAGCCUCCGCAGGUUUCCUUCAGCUGGGGCAAGCGCGAGGAAGCUGCCACUGCACCGUCGUAUGGUCUAGGCAAGCCAACCGCAUCUGUCCGGGUACCGAAGCCACCAAAGACCACCACUAAAGCAUGGAUCUCAUGGGGCAAGCGACAAGAAGGCGAUGAUCCCACAGAGGUUUUCCCCCCUGCUCCGACUCCCAGCGACCAGAUCACCCUUGUCAAGCCCACUCCGUCUAUCUCAUGGGGCAAGCGCGGUGCCGAAGCGCAGCUGCCUACAUACGGCCUCGGCUUCCCGACCUUCUCCUUCGGCCUUCCACCAGUAGCGCCUUCUUCUGCGUACAUCAGCUGGGGCAAGCGCGACGAUGACAAGCACCACACAACCUUUGUAACACAGACUCCCCCAACUCUCACCAGCACGGAGUACAUCCCGUCAUCUGUGCCCAGCGCCUGUCCCACAGUCACGAAAACCAUCGUCCCGCCGUGCGUCCCGCCCACAUGCCCGGACAACCUCGUCAGCUGCAAGGUGGGUGCAGCACAGGCGGUAGAGGCCAGGGAGAUCGAGAAGACGAUUGUGACGCUCACGACAGUUGCGAAGCCGAGCUGGAAGCACACGGCUACGGAGAGCGGUAACCCGUACGGAAUGUCGUACGAGUAG